GGAAAUCCAUCUUAUGAUGAGCAAGCCAUCGUUAUUGAUUCCCACGGAGGCCGACUACGCCGAUGCCCAUGAAGACGAAGACCAGGAGAUCCUCUACCGGCAACGGAUCGAUGAGUUGCGCCAGAAGACAGGGGCGUUCCGCUGGAGGUUCGAGGUGGUUAAAGGCUUCUUCAAACAGGCAGAGGACGCCACAGACGACUUCAAAUUCAACUACGCCACCGAGGACUUUGGCCGCCUCAAGUCGUGGGACCAGACCAUUGCUGAUCUUAAGGAACUUAAUCUCAAGGCGCCAGGCAAUGAGGCGUACAAGUUGUUGUUUUUGGCCAGACAUGGUCAGGGGUUCCACAACGUGGUGAUCAACAAAUACAGCUACGAAGAAUGGUACCGCAAGUGGUACAAGGAAACACAUGAUGGUGACGUGGAGUUUGCUCCCGACCCCAUGUUGACAGACUUGGGCAUUAACCAGGCCAAGGAGAACCAUGAGCUCUGGAAACAUCAGCUCGCCCAAGGAGCCCCAAUGCCAUCCAAAUUUUACGUAUCACCGUUGCAACGGUCGUCACACACGUUGGCGCACACCUGGACCGGUCUCAAGCCGCAGGGACUCCAGCCGGUGGUGACUGAAGGGCUCAGGGAAACCUCGGGGUUGAAUCUUUGUGAUCGUAGGUCUACUAAAUCGGUGAUCCAGCAGCGGUUUGGGCAGUACGGGUUUGUAUUUGAAGAUGGGUUCACCGAGGAAGACGAAUUCUUUGAUGCUCACAACCGCGAGAAGUUACACGAGCACUGCAUCCGCACCAACAGGUUUUUACAACGGGUUUUUGAUGAGGACUAUAACAUUGCUGUGGGGGAAGUCGCCAAGCAACUGGCGGUGGCCAAUACCUUCAUUUCUACUACGUCCCACGCCGGGACCAUCAGGACGUUCAUCACCGUGUUGGGCCAUAGACGGUUCACCAUCUCUACCGGUGCCAUGAUCCCCAUUGUCGUUAGAGGUAUUAGAUUAGGGUAGUAUUAGAGUACAUAAUAACCUAUAGAGUCUCGCGCGAGAUGUCUGAAAA